GCCGGAGCCGCUGCUGUCGCUGCCGCCGCAAUGGCUCAGGAGAAAAUGGAGCUGGACCUGGAGCUGCCACCGGGGAGCGCCGCGGCCCCGAGCGACGGGGGUGGCCUGAGGAGAUCCAACAGCGCCCCCCUCAUCCAUGGGCUUAGCGACAACUCACAGGUGUUCCAGGCUAACGUUCUGCGAACCCGCAGGAACAGCACCACGGUUAUGAAUCGUCAGAGUCUGUUUGUGCCAUCAUCUCCCAUCCGCAUUCCUAGCAGCCGUCUUCAUCAGAUCAAACAGGAGGAAGGAAUGAAUUUGCUGAACAGAGAAACAGUACAUGAAAGAGAAGUGCAAGUAGCAAUGCAGAUGAGCCACUCAUGGGAGGAGAGCUUGAGCCUGAGCGACAAUGAUUUGGAAAAGUCCUCAUCACCAAAGCAAGUUGACUUUGUCCCAGUUUCUCCAGCUCCUUCACCUACCAGAGGAAUAGGGAAGCAAUGCUUCUCACCAUCUUUGCAAAGCUUGGUGAGUAGCAGUGGAUUACCUCCAAGCACCAGCCCAAGUCCAACGAGGCGGUUUGCAAGCAGGAGAAGCCAAAGUCCAAUCAACUGCAUUCGACCAAGUGUCCUUGGGUCAAUAAAAAGGAAAGGUGUAACAGAGAUGGAAGAUCAUCCAAAAAGAUUAUUUCAAGGAUCCACCGACAUGCUUAGCCCUGAAGUUUCCCAUCAGGCAGACCUUGGAGGAUGUCUGUCCUCACACGUUCUGGAUGACAACAGAAGCAGUGCAGGCUCUUCCUGUGACUCACCAGCUGAAGCUGGCACCAGCACAGACUCUCCAGUCUCCCUCUCUGAUUCCAGAUCUCCUUUUUUACCAGUAGAUCUCACAGCUAAGUUACCUAUUAACUGA